UUAUGCAUAGUAAAUCUAAUAAAUUAUUAAAUGUAUCGGAUUGUUAUGAUCGAAAACCAUCAUCACAUCAACAGACUACAUUUACUACUAAUCAUUAUUUGGCUCCAAUAAGGCGCAGUUCUUCUUUAGAAUUUCCAAAAACAAAUUUAUCAUUUAUUGAAUCAGCACUUGAUAGUUUAAAAAAUUCAAGUACAUCUAUUUACGCCUCCACAUUAAGCGCUGCUGGAUUAUUAAAUGGAAUUGGUCUAGAUGGUCUUAGAUCAAUUACUGUUGGUUCAAAUGAUUCGGCAGAUAAUUUAUAUUCAUUAAUGGCUUCAUAUCGUUCUUGUUGUAAUUUAUUUAGAUUACGUUCUGUUACUUUAAUUAUUAGUAUUUGUGUGUGUAUUGUGACAACAUUAAUACUUUCUUGUCUUCUUCUUGAAGCACCUUUUUCUACAAAAAUUUUAUUUUCUCAAUGGCAAUAUGAAUUAAUAUUUAAUCCAGCUAUUUGGAUACUUUCAUUUUCUUUAUUAACAAGUCUUUUAAUGAAUUUAGCUUUAAUUACAGAUAUUCACUUUUUAAUUUUACCUUUUAUUGCAAGCUGUGUAUGUUUUCUUUUUGAUUUUUUUUAA